AUGAUGGAUUCUCCCUCUUCAUCCUCCUCCUCCGAUUUUGCUUCCAUAGCCACCGCCAAUCAGAGUGCCUCCCGGAGCGACGGAGAAGGGGCUGCGGCGGAGCAGUCGCGGCGGUGGCACGACGUGUUCUGGUUAGGAAUAUUCUUAAUCCAUUUGAUUGGGCUGGGGUUCCUUCUGGGAGUUCUUGGUCUGAAUAGGUUUGAAAGAGAGAAUAGACUUAACAUUGACAAGUUCACCUCCCGGUUUUCUGAGAACCAAUCCGGAUUGACUGAGACUUACUGGCCACUCUAUGCUGCCGCUGGUGGGGUUGGAACUGUUCUUGGAUGGUGUUGGUUGCUGUUGUUGGGGUCCCAGGCAACUCAAAUGAUGAAGGUGUCUGUUCACAUACUCACCACUUACCUUGCUGUCAUCAGUGUUUUGUGUUUCUGGGCUGGCCAGAUUUUCUGGGGGGUUGCUUUUGCCAUUGGAGCUUUUCUGCAGUUCCUUUAUGUCAUAUCAGUCAUAGACAGACUCCCAUUUACGAUGUUGAUUCUGCAAAAGGCUGUGAAGAUGGUUUGGAAUCUUCCUGAGGUUAUGAGAGUGGCAUAUGCAUUUAUGUUUGUUGUGCUUUUAUGGAUGACCUUAUGGUCAUUUGGAGCUGCAGGUGUUGUGGCUUCAAGCAUGGGUGAUGGUGGACGCUGGUGGCUUCUUGUGGUUCUCUCUAUGAGCUUAUUUUGGACAGGUGCAGUACUAUGUAAUACUGUGCAUGUUAUAGUGUCUGGGAUGGUGUUUCUUGUUCUUGUUCAUGGGGGUAGAGAUGCAGCUUCAAUUCCUGCUAACUCCUUAGUGAAAUCUCUACAGUAUGCUUUAACAACAUCGUUUGGCAGCAUUUGCUAUGGUUCAUUAUUUACUGCAGCUAUCAGGACACUACGAUGGAAGAUAAGAGGAUUUCGGUCUAAGAUUGGCAAUAAUGAGUGUUUACUUUGCUUUGUCGAUUUCCUUUUCCAUCUUGUGGAGACUCUUGUUCGUUUCUUUAACAAGUAUGCCUAUGUUCAGAUUGCUAUUUAUGGUAAAAGCUUUAACCGGUCGGCUAGAGAUGCAUGGGAGUUACUCCAGUCAACUGGGGUUGAAGCACUUGUGGCUUAUGAUUGUUCUGGUGCUGUGCUUCUAAUGGGUACUAUUUUUGGUGGGCUGAUAACUGGAACUUGCUCUGGCAUUUGGGCAUGGGUUAAAUGGAGCGACAGAGUUCUUAUGAUUGGAUUAACGUCCAUGCUGAUGGGGAUGGUAUUGGUUGGAUUGGCAAUGGUCGUGGUGGAAAGUGCUGUUACGUCCAUAUACAUCUGCUAUGCAGAAGACCCCUUACUGAUUCAAAGAUGGGAUGCUGAAUUUUUCAACCAAAUGUCUGAGACACUGCAUCAGCGACUUCAAUACAGGAGUGCUAGAGCAAGGGAAGUUUUAACCCAAAAUCGAUUUGAUGACCUUGUUCCCCAAAAUGCACCUAUUUGA